AUGGCAAAGAGGACAAGUCUCCUCCUCGUCCUCGCUGCCAUCGCAGUUAGCCUCCUCCUUGUCCUCGCCCCCACAGCGACCGCAAGCGACAUUCACAAGGAGGGCUACUGCGUCAUGCGCGACAACUGUGGCAGCAAACGCACCUUUGGCAAACAACUCCCCUGUCCCUUCAACCAACCCGCCCUAGAGCCGGAUAGGGAACUGCGCGAACUGUUAGUGUCGACCUGUGGAGCAUCGUUUGAGCAUUCCAAAGCCUGCUGCAGCCAGGACCAGGUCGAAGACCUGAUCGCCUCCACAAAGCAGGCAUCACCCAUGAUAUCCGCCUGCCCCGCCUGCUGGACAAACUUCCUCAACUUCUUCUGCACCUUCACCUGCUCCCCCAACCAGUCCACCUUCCUCAACGUCACCGAGACAGGCAUCUCCACUGACAAAAAGGCCGUCGUCACCAGACUCGACUUUCUCGUCUCGGAUCAAUACGGCUCUGGAUUCUUUGACUCGUGCAAGGACGUCAAGUUCGCGGCCACCAAUGGAUACGUCAUGGACCUGAUCGGAGGAGGCGCCAAGCACUGGAGGGACAUGGUUACUUUUAUGGGCCGCGAGCGGGAACCUCUCGGAUCGCCUUUCCAGAUCGAUUUUCCUGUCGAGGAUCCCACCGGUACUUUAAAACCAUUCGAAGGCAUCACCCGACAGUGCAACGACACCGAUGUGCAGUACCGCUGUUCUUGCGUCGACUGCCUUCCAGUCUGCCCCGUUCUUCCACCCACCCCCGACGAAAAACCUCCCUGCACAGUCUUUGGCAUAUCCUGCUGGAGUUUUUCGCUGACGUUCAUUUACACUGUGACAUUGGGUGCGGCGAUUGGUAUGUUUGUUAUCCGCAAGCGGAUCUCCGCCGCCAAGGAUCUGAUCGGAUUCGAACCCGUGAGACGUCAGGACGAGGAAGACGACGAGUACAGUCAGCACCUACUGGAUCCCGAUCAGUACACCGGUCGCUACGUAGUCAGCGCUCUCUUGCAGGAAUGGUUCUACCAUCAGGGAUACAUCUGCGCCAAGCAUGCGUGGAGGACCAUCGCCAUCUCGUUUGGACUGGUCGCCUUCUUCUCUCUGGGCUGGUCGCGUUUCGGUGUCGAGACCGAUCCCGUUAAGCUUUGGGUGGCGCCAGACUCGAUCAGUGCCACACAAAAGGCCAUCUUUGACCAAAACUUUGGACCCUUCUACAGGACGGCCCAGGUCAUUGUCUCCUAUAAGGACAGCCAGGACACCAUCGUCGACGAAAGGUCAUUCCGCAGACUGUUUAUGAUCAACGACAAGAUUAAGGCUCUCAAGACGGAGCGAGGAGUGACCCUUCAGGACAUUUGCUUACAUCCUACCAGCGAUGCAUGUGUGAUCCAAUCGCCUACAGGUUACUGGGAGGACGACAUCAACCGAUUCUCAGGCUCGUGGAAGGACGAAUUUGAGGCCUGUACCGGGAACCCUGCCGACUGUCUUCCAGAGUUCCAGCAGCCUCUCAAACCCGACAUCAUCUUGGGAGGAUUCGACGAUGAGGAGUACUUGACCGCCAAGGCGUUCAUCAUCACCUAUGUCAUCCAGAAUUCUGUCAACGAGACAGUGACGGAUAUUGCUCACGAAUGGGAGCUGCGCUACUUGGAGUUCAUGGACGACCUUGUGCACAACCGCAUCGAGGGCAUCAACACAGAGGACCUUCGUAUCUCGUACUCUUCUGAGGCUUCUCUCGAGAUUGAGUUGAACAAGUCCAGCAACACCGACGUCCGGACCGUGAUCUUGUCCUAUCUCGCCAUGUUCCUCUAUGCAUCCUUGGCGCUUGGUCGAUUUCAACUCUCAUCCCCCCGGCGUAUGAUUGUCGACUCCAAGUUCACCUUAGGCAUGAGCGGCAUUUUUAUUGUCUUGGCUUCGAUCUCGACCUCCGUCGGCUUGUUUUCUUUCCUAGGUUACAAGAUCACGCUGAUCAUCGCCGAGGUGAUUCCGUUCUUGGUCUUGGCUGUCGGUGUCGACAACAUCUUCAUUCUCUGCCACGAGUUUGAACGACGCAAGAUGAACCACCCCGAGGAGAGCAUCGAGGAGUGUGCUGGUCGUACAUUGGGCAGAAUGGGUCCCAGCAUUCUGCUGAGUGCCUUGAGUGAGACGAUUGCGUUUGCGCUUGGUGGAAUGGUGACCAUGCCUGCUGUCAGCGUCUUUGCAAUGUACGCUGCGAUGGCAGUCUGGGUCGACUUUUUGCUCCAGGUCACUGCCUUUAUCUCGUGUAUUGCCCUGGAUGCUCAGAGGACGGAGGAGGACCGAAUUGAUUGUGUCCCAUGCAUCCAGAUCCAGGCACCCCAGGCGAUCGAAACCGAAGGUGCUCUCCCAGCGUGGGUGCGCAAGUACUAUGGGCCCCUGAUUCUCAACAGCUCCGUCAAGAAGAUUGUCAUUGCUGCCUUCCUGGGUCUCUUGACCGCCGGUCUCUGCCUCAUGCCUAGCCUCGAGAUUGGAUUGGACCAACGCCUGGCGCUGCCCAGCGACUCGUACAUGGUGCAAUACUUCAACGACUUGGAUGGCUACUUCAGGGUCGGACCACCUGUCUACUUUGUCAUUCAGGACGUUGACACCACUACUAGACAUGGUCAACAGCAGAUCUGCGCGCGAUUCUCCACUUGCUCCGACUCUUCGAUCGCCAAUGUUCUGGAACAAGAGCGCAAGCGACCCCAUGUCUCCUUUAUCGAACAGCCAGCCUCUGUCUGGAUUGAUGACUUUUUGCACUGGCUCAACCCCGCCAUCGAAACUUGCUGUCGAUUCCGUAAGAACGACCCUACCAAACCGUGCGGACCCUGGGACGACGAGGACGAGUGCAACAUCUGCUAUGCGGACAAGGAGCCUGGCUGGAACAUUUCGAUGAACGGACUACCCGAAGGCGAGGAGUUUAUGAAGUACUUGGGAGAGUGGCUUAAGGCCAGCCCUGACGAGUUCUGUCCCCUGGCUGGAAAGGCUGCCUAUGGCGAUGCGAUCAAGCUAAACUCUGCGGGCGACAAAGUCAAGAUGUCACACUUCCGGACAUACCAUACGCCAAUGCGCAAUCAGCACGACUUUAUUGCAGGAUACAAGAGUGCCCACAGGAUUGCUGAGCAGGUCUCUGAGGAGACAGGCGCGACUGUGUUCCCGUACUCGGUCUUUUACAUCUUCUUUGAGCAAUACGUCGACAUCAUCCCUCUGACGAUUCGUCUGUUGGUUGUCGCCAUGGUCUCCGUCGGUCUGGUGACUGCAGGAAUACUGGGCAGUAUUAAGGUCGCCCUGGUAGUUGUCGGAGUGGUUGCAAUGAUUAUGGUCGAUGUGGUUGGAGCAAUGGUCGUGAUGGGUGUCUCCCUGAAUGCCAUUUCGCUUGUGAACCUGGUCAUUUGCGUGGGUAUCAGUGUCGAGUUUUGCUCACACAUCGCCCGUGCCUCGGUCGAAGCCGAAGGCAGCCCUGACGAGCGUGUCUUUGGUGCCCUUGUUGAAGUCGGCAGCUCCGUGUUCUCUGGAAUCACGCUGACGAAGUUCUUGGGUAUCUUUGUUCUGGCGUUUACACGAUCCAAGAUCUUUGAGGUGUACUACUUCCGCAUGUACUUGGCGAUUGUGGUUGUCGGAGCUCUUCACGGCCUCGUGCUCUUGCCCGUGCUACUUUCGCUCCUGGAGACAGAGAAGACGUCGAGUCUGAGUCUGGGAUCAUUGGGAUGGUCGAACCGGAGCUCUUCUGCCAACCGCCGACGCCUGAGAGAAGGACGGUUACUGCAGGGCAACGAGAGCAGUGAUGAUGAUACUGAGGUUGACAUUGUCCGGGAGGCAGUUGCUCAAGACCUGCCGCGGUCACAGAACAGUGCCACGAGUAGUAGAACCAGUCGUCGAUAA